UACGCUGCAAGCGAAGGCUAAGAAAGAUGGCGUGGAACGAGCCGUUCGGCGAGUCGGCUCACCGGCCCGGUCGCCCCCCCGGCCGGCCCUUCUACGCCCCUCCCCACGUCAGGCGGGACGACGACGGGUAUUUCGGCCCCGGCGCCGGCGACCCGGCUUGGUCCCGCCCCCGAUUCGGCGCCUUCGACGCCGGGCCCCCCCGCGGCCGCGGCCGGGGCCGGGGCCGCAGCCGGAGCCGCGGCCGCCGAGGCGGAGAUCGCUUCCCGGCCGCCGAGCGGAGGUGCGGCGGGACGCGAGCCCCGAGCGGGAUUUCGGCUCGCUCGACGUGGCUGCCGAGUUCGGCGACCUCGAUGUCGUCGUCGAGGAGAGCGACGACGCCGGCGCCAUCAACUUCGCCGCGUACGAGAACGUGCCGGUGGAGGCCAGCGGCUCCGACGUCCCGCCGCCGGCGGGCACGUUCGAGGAGAUCAACUUGGGGGAGGCGCUGAGCCUGAACAUCAGGCGUUGCAAGUACGCGAAGCCGACGCCGAUACAGCGUCACGCGAUCCCGAUAGCCGUCGCCGGGCGCGACCUCAUGGCGUGCGCACAGACCGGGUCCGGCAAGACGGCCGCCUUCUGCUUGCCGAUCGUCUUCGGGGUCUUGCGCGAGGGCUCGAAGAGAGAAAGGCACCCGUCGUCGAGAAGAACCGCGUGUCCUUCGGGCCUCGUUCUGUCUCCGACGAGGGAGUUGGCUUGUCAGAUAUAUGAGGAGGCGAAAAAGUUUGCAUAUCAAACUGUUGUGAAAGUCGCUGUUGUAUAUGGUGGUGCGCCAUUUGGUCAGCAGGUUCGCACCCUGGAAAAAGGUGUCGAUAUUUUAGUUGCCACACCUGGUCGGUUGGUGGAUAUGAUUGAAAGAGAUAAAGUCUCUCUAAGGAAGAUUAGAUAUUUUACUAUGGAUGAAGCUGAUCGUAUGCUAGAUAUGGGCUUUGAGCCCCAGAUUCGCAAGAUUGUCGAACGAAUGGACAUGCCACCAUCUGGAGCAAGGCAGACAAUGCUAUUCAGUGCUACUUUUCCAGAUGAUAUACAGAGGCUGGCGUCCGAUUUUCUCUCUGAUUAUAUAUUUCUUGCCGUUGGAAGGGUAGGCUCCAGCACGGAUCUGAUUGCUCAAAAGGUUGAAUUUGUUGAUGAUAAGGAUAAGAGAAGCUUUCUUGUGGAUCUUCUUCAUUCCCAAGGAAAAAAUGGAUGUGUUGGCAGCAAGCAAGGUUUGACUUUAGUGUUUGUUGAGACAAAGAGGGGAGCAGAUGCCCUUGAGAACUGGCUGUUGAGAAGUGGCUUUCAUGCUAUUGCUAUACAUGGAGAUAAAGUUCAAAUGGAAAGAGAGCGAGCUCUGAGAUCAUUCAGAAGCGGAACCAUUCCAAUUAUGGUAGCGACAGAUGUUGCCUCACGAGGUCUUGAUAUCCCACAUGUUGCUCAUGUUAUAAACUAUGACUUGCCCAAAAGUAUAGAUGACUAUGUGCACAGGAUUGGCCGGACAGGCCGAGCUGGUAAAUCUGGGUUGGCUACUGCAUUCUUCAAUGGAAAGAAUUUGUCACUGGCAACAGCUCUCGUGCAACUUAUGCAAGAGGCCAAUCAGCAAGUCCCUUCUUGGCUCGGUGAGUGUGCCGAACAGUCAGGUAGUCGUAGCCAUGGCCUGGCUCGAAAUCGUAGGGCAAGCAGGUUUGGCGGCAAUGACUUCCGAAGAGGUCCAAAAUCUAGCAAUAGGAGUUACUCUUCUUCUAGCAGUUACAGAGAUGCGCAUACUUACGGUUCUGGUGAAAAUUAUUAUGCCGACCCUCCCAGCACCGAUGUUUACGGCUAUGCUGCUGCUGACUCGUACCUUUCAGCAAGCCACGGUUAUUAUGAUGCUGCUAAUAACAAUUCCCGCGCCAAUGAGUCGGACGGGUAUGGCACGAGCCAUGGAUCAGUCAUGGCCAGCGGAUGGGAGUAGCCUCGCCUCGCCUCGCCUUGGUCCCGCUUUUGCAUCUUUUUUGUGUUGACACAGCACAUUCACACAUGAAGUAUAUAAUUUUAGCUUCGGCACAAUGAUAGGAGAGCUAUUCAAGAAUUACAUACGGGUCGGGAACUGGGAAAUGCAUUCGGUUGUUCCGACUUCGCAGCUUUUUCUUUUUGCCGUCUUGGGAGUUUGCCCGGGGCCAGGGGAAGUUGCUUCCAGCUUGUUUUAGAUACACUUACCUGACCUUGUGCUGAUGUAUUAUCUUGAGCAUGACCUCAUCUUUCGUCAAGCCCCACCUUCAUGUCGGGGUUCCUGGUUC